AUCAAGCGCCUGGUUGGUCGCAUCAGCGGCGUCGUCCCAGUGAAGCACGACAUGUGCGUCAACUCCUGCAUCGCGUUCACGGGUCCAUUCGCUACGCUCAAGGUGUGCAAUCAUUGUAACGAACCCCGCUACGACCAAACCCGCCUCGCUGCAUCCGGGGGGCAGGUUGAAAUCCCUCGGCAGUCCUUCUACACCAUGCCCAUAGGCCCGCAACUGCAGGCGCUCUACCGGCACCCAACUACAGCAGAAGCGAUGGCAUACCGGGACCGCAAGACCCGAGAGCUUCGCGCGAACGUGAGUGUCCUAUAUUCCUAA